UAAACGGUAUAAGCAUAAAACCCUAAUUCGUCGUCUACUUCUCAAUAGGGCUUUCAGAUAAUUUUCUUCCAGUCCUAACGCAGCCGCGCCUCCGCCGCCACCGCCAGCUUCCGCAGCGUCAUGGCAUCGGAGAAGAAACUGUCGAAUCCAAUGAGGGAGAUUAAGGUUCAGAAGCUGGUUCUGAACAUAUCGGUCGGCGAAAGUGGUGAUCGUCUCACCAGAGCUGCUAAGGUGUUGGAGCAACUCAGCGGCCAAACUCCUGUUUUCUCCAAGGCGAGGUACACUGUGAGGUCAUUUGGGAUCAGGCGUAAUGAGAAGAUUGCAUGCUAUGUCACUGUGAGAGGUGAUAAGGCAAUGCAGCUCCUUGAAAGUGGCCUGAAGGUGAAGGAAUAUGAAUUGCUGAGACGAAAUUUCAGUGACACCGGCUGUUUUGGUUUUGGCAUUCAGGAACACAUCGAUCUUGGAAUCAAAUAUGACCCUUCAACGGGUAUUUAUGGUAUGGAUUUCUAUGUUGUCUUGGAGCGCCCGGGCUACCGUGUAGGGCGUCGCCGUAGGUGCAAAUCCCGUGUGGGAAUCCAGCAUAGAGUCACUAAGGAAGAUGCAAUGAAGUGGUUUCAGGUGAAAUAUGAAGGAGUUAUACUUAAUAAGGCAUCCAACAUCGGCGCGUAAGUUUAUCGGUAUUUCGAGCCUGUCUGAAUUCUAUCUAACUAGGCAUACAAUAUCUCUUGCUUGAUUUCAGUGAUUUAUUUGCAAAGAAGACAAAGUUAGUUAAUGGUUUUGGCAUACCAUAUUUGUCAUUUUCUUGAUUUUGUCUACAAGAGCAGUGAAAACUACAUUAUUUGUGUUC